AUGCAGAUUUCCCACCGGCUUGCCAUAAGCCGCCGCAUGCUCCGUGAGGUGGCCCAAGGCCGUGAUCGGUACCAAGGCGCCCCGGCUGAACUCCUCAUGCUUCCAGAUCUGCUCGAAGACUUCAAUGGACCGAUACACUUCCGAAUCCCGCCCCAUAUUGAAGAUAUUUGCCAGAUGAUGCAGAACAGCAGCCCGUCUCUAAUGUUGAAGGCUACGCCUGUGUCGCCAGGCCGCUCCCAGAUCGGCCACUCCUCGACCGGAUGCCAGAGGGACACUCCAGACUUUGCCGCCGACGCGAUCGCGAGCCUCGACAACGGCAACUGA